AAAGUAGAGAGAGAAAGAGUAUUUUAUUGAAGGUUAAGCAGUGACUAAUCUGGAUUAGUGUUAGUGGAAUGUUUGUGAUCUUGUGAUUCUUCCAAAGCCAAGUAUUUAAAGGAAUCCCAAACAAAGUUGAGAGACAAAGCUUCCUUUGUCUGAGGAGUUUCAACCUUUCAGUUCACUCAGAGAGAUAGAUAGUUCCUCUCUUCAUCAAUCAUCUCGUUCUUAGAUUCUUUACUGUCUCGUUUACAAAACUGAAAUUUGUUUUCUUCAAUUCCAAUCUCUUCUCAUACGAUUCUGUAGAUAUCCAGAAACCCCAAAUCAUCUUUCAAUCCAGCGAAAACCCAGUUCUUCAAGCUAUCCAUUUCUUCAUGAAAAAGUGAGACACAGCGAAUCAGAAACCCAAUUUUGUUAUUUUGUUCUCAGAAUGCAAGAUCCGUCUUCAUUUCAACCUCUUAAACCUCAUUUCGCGGAGCAAGAACAACUCAAGUGUCCUCGAUGUGAUUCAACGAACACCAAAUUCUGUUAUUACAACAAUUACAAUCUCUCUCAGCCACGCCAUUUCUGCAAGAAUUGCAGACGGUAUUGGACUAAAGGAGGUACUCUUCGGAACAUACCGGUUGGCGGUGGAAGUCGCAAGAACUCAAAACGUUCAUCGAAUCCGAAGCGUUCUUCAUCAUCUACUUCUUGUUCUUCUUCAUCAACAUCGGUUUCGUCGGCCCAGAAUGUAGUUCCAAAGCCUGAACCGUCCAGUAUCUACAGUUCCUCUGUUAACAAUAUGGAUCAGGAUCGUCGGAUGUUGGAUAUCACAGGAAGCUUCAGCUCUCUUCUGGCUUCAAAUGGUCAAUUUGGAAAUCUAUUGGAGGGUUUGAAUCCAAACGCUUCAAGCAUUCGAACAGUUCAAUUUGGAGAAUUUGCAGAGAAUUCAAGCUCAGGAUCGAUUGGGAAUCCCACAUUAGAGUUGCAAAGCAACAAUAACCAGGAGACAUUCUUGGGCAUUCAAGGUGGUGAUUCGAGUUGCUGGAGUGGUGGUAAUGGAUGGCCUGAUCUCGCCAUUUACACACCAGGUUCGAGCUUUCAAUGAAAAAGAUAAAAAUCAAAAAUCAAAACCCCUCUUUUUCCUUCCCUUUGCUGUGAUAUUUAGAGAUUAAUAUGAAUAACUUUAAGGUGACAUUGGUUUGUACUUGGGUGGUGUUUGUUCUUAGGGUAGAAGGAGAGAAAAGUAUUAUUUCCGUUUUGGGUUUUUUUAGGAGAAUAUGAAAUGAUGUACUUAAUAUAAAGUUUGAUAUAAUUUACUAUUAUUAGCAUAAUUUAUACAAUAAUAUAAUAGAAAAAAAAAAAAAAAAAAAGGAUUUGAGCUUAUUAGGGUUUUUUUUUUUUUGGGUUUUAUCUACUUAUUGGUCCUUGAUAGAUGAUGAUGUAUGACAUUCAUGAAUGUGUUUGCGGAUUUGAUGUUUUAAUAUUAAGGCCAUUACUUGUUGUUUAUUGAUUAAA